GAUUUUGUUUCGCUAUCUACCCGGACACAUUUAAUGAGUUCAAUCCUAAAUUUAAAAUGACCGAAUGUAUUCCAAUAACUUUUUAGGUAGGAAAGAAAACAAGUAGAUCUGCAUCUAAUUUUGAGUUGAGCCCAUAAUUCAUAGAUGCAUGGCACCAUGUGCACAUCCCAUUUUGCGCUGUCAUCCACUUACAACUACACAGCUCAGUUCAGGACAUAUCUGCACCUGGUCGCCCCCACAAAACAAGUCCUGCUGGCCUGAUUAACCGAGUGCGCCAGUUCGUCACGCUUCAGCAAAGACAUGGGAGAGGGCUGCAAAGUUAUACCAACUUCUUACAAACAAAAUGUGGAAGUAUUUACAAUAUCGUCUGCGAAUUUCAAUCCUAUCAAAGAUACUAUCAAAGAAAAAGAAAAAACAGAUGAUAAGAAACAGGAAAGUGAAAGUGAAGGCUGCUUUGCCAAAAUGAACAACUUUAUACAGCGUCAACUUGGCAGCACUAAAAUACUUGUGCACAUCCUCAUCUGCAUCUUUGCCAUUGCAUCAUGGGCAGAUUUGAACGGCAUGUGGGCAGAGUUACCUCUUCUUGUCAUGAAAGUCAAAGAAGGUUGGAAUCUGCCCUCGUACAUAAUAAUUAUCAGUCAGGUCGCCAACAUAGGGCCUCUUAUUUUUGUUGUGGUUUCCUUUCUGCAGCCACAGCUAAAGCCUCGGUUAGAAAAGAUAACAUCAUUUGUCAUCAUCCUCAUCAGUAUGGUGGCUUCAUUCCUGACAGCGUUUUUCUGGGAACAGUCAUCCUACAUUGGCGGUGUUGAGCACAGCGUUGCCCUCUUGACUUUAAAUUUUUUUCUAGCUCUCGGAGACUGCACCAGCUCUGUCUCUUUCUAUGCAUUUAUGUCCCACAUGAAGCCAGAGUACAUGGCUUCACUCUUCAUUGGUGAAGGAUUAAGUGGAAUGCUUCCAGCCCUUAUUGCACUUGGCCAAGGCGCUGGACAAAUUAACUGUAUCAAUAGCAGUUCACAGGUUAAUGAAACUUUACCUGAUGGGACGAGUUUUAUUAAAACUGUAUACAAUGUGUUCCCUCAGUAUGUGGAGCCUAGCUUCAGUGUCAGAGUUUUCUUUAUUAUACUGUCUGGUAUUAUAGCUCUGUCUGCCGUUGCUUUUCUCCUGCUGAACUUUUGGAGCUACUGCAAGUCAGAGAUGGUUGUCGCUCCGCCAGAUGAGAAAUAUAAGGUCCCACCAAGCUCUGGAGCUAAUGGCGCUGACUAUGGAAGUAUGGAUACCAGCAAGCUUGUUAGCGAUGCUGAGAAGUCUCUGUUGAAAGGCCAAGAUGGGCCUUAUACAGCUGAGCAAUCUACUGUCGAUGAAACGAACGGAGAGUUGGUCAACGGUCAUAAUCACUCGCCUUCUUUGCUGGAUGUCAAUCAGUCCAACAGCGGCAACCAGUUGAUAAAAUCUGAGCAGGGGAGCUCAUCCAGCCUAACAUUGAGUGAUCAGCAUACUCACAGUGAGUUAUCUUCCUUAAGCUAUGCCAGCCUGCUGGGAAUCAUUGUCAUCAUUAACAUGACCGUCACGGCUUUCUUACCCUCCAUCCAGAUCUAUACCGUCCUACCAUAUGGGCUGGAGUACUACCAUCUGACGACUACCCUGACCCAGAUAGCCAAUCCCGUCUCCUGUUUUUUUUCCCUGUUUUUAAUGGCUGAGAACAUUGGCAUCAUCUUAGUGAUGACUGCUCUCGGGGAGGUCUGCGUGGGCUACCUCAUUUAUGUGGCUUCAACAAGUCCUGAGCCUCCACUACAUGAUGUGACCACAGGAGGUGAAUUAGCCUUGGCGCUUUGGAUUGUGCUGACUGCUUUGCUGACCUAUUCUAAAGUAUGUUGUGCUUCAGUACUCAGGAAACAAGGCAGGAACGCACUUAUCUUUGCUGGGGCAGCCACACAGACAGGGGCAUUAAUUGGUGCAAUAGUGGGCUUUGUCUUAGUCAACGAGUAUCAUCUGUUUGCUGAUGCCCCAUUCUGUUAGCGACAAAUAAACUAUUUGAUGGAGACUUGUUUACAAGUUGUAAUUGGCAUGACUUGAGGUGCACAGGUGCCAACAGAAAUGACACAGGAUCUCAAAACUGGCCAGGUAUUUGUGCAAUCUUGAGGCCAUGUUUACCUCCAGACUUAUUUCUUGACUGGCAGUUCUAAAGGAUAUGAUAUUGUGAAAUGUAGCAUUUGUCUUAAACAAGUCUAAGAAAACAGUUCUUAGAAGAAAAUACUAUCCUGUUCACACAUUCCGUAUGUCCUUCAAAUUUGUUAACCUUUUCUGUGGUUGUGGUUAUACCCAGGGACUAAAAAAAAUUUUGUCUUUAUUUUUUUUUAAUAAAGGAAAAUUAAAACCAAUAAUUGUACAUAACUGUAUUUCAUUUGCGAAAUGAACAAAAUUUUCACUCUGACAGAAAUUUUUUAAUUAAAUAUUCUCUUGCAUGUAAUGAAUACUUGUACAUUGAACUGUAGACUGAUUUUAUGAAGAAAAAUUGUGAAUCAAGUUUCUUAUGUAUUAUUGCUUUGUUAUGCUUAGGUGGUAUUUUGUUUUUUUUAUAUUGAAGAGGAAAAAGUAAAGUAGAGUAGACCUUUCAAACCUUGCGAUCUUUUGGGGCAGAUGAUGGAAAAGUCAUCUGUUUUUAUGGCUGACUAUUAACAAGGUUGACAUGUAGCCAACUUAAGGACCAACCGCCUUUACCUUUCCCUUCAAUUGUCUGGCACCUAUUAGAAAAGGGUGGACUCGGAGGCACCCUAAAAAUCCCAGAAUUCAAAAUCCCAUUCUCCACCAGGAUUCAAACUCCAAGACUUCUCUGCUCACUCAGCCACCAUGCCCCUAAAGAUGAGGUAGCUACAAUAAAAUCCCAGUCUCCACCAGGAUUCAAACCCUAAGACUUCUCGGCUCACUCAGCCACCAUGCCCCUAUAGAUGACGGAGCUACAAUAAAAUGUAAGGUAAAUACUAAUUGAAUGGUACCAGUAAUAAACUUAGAUGAACUGUAACUAAUCUGAAAAAAUCCAUCUUGCUAUUCCAAUAAAAUAUUUUUUUAUCAUUCUAUGUAUUAAUUUUUUUCUUGUAUGAAAAUUUUUUUUGUUUUUUAUAUGUACAACUUGAGACUGAACAACAAUGAAAUAAUUUCCACAAAGCACCUAAAAAAUCACAAGCAAUAUUUGUUUCACUAAACUGUUUCACUAAAUUGUUUCACUAAACUGUUUCACAUUACUGAAUGUAACAAACAGAGACCCCAAAAACUUUGUCAAUCACAUUCUUGUACAGUUGACUCUUGACACUCUCGCACUUUAUAAUCUCACGCACACUCAGUAAUCAGACCCAGCACCAAUGUCAAUUCACAUAAUUAAUGUAUACUUUAGUAUGAGUAUUUUUAGAACGUAGGUAGGAUUAAUGUAAUUUUUAUACAGUUUGUUUACUCUUUCUCUCCUAAUUGACGAUACCAUCGUUGAUUUGACUUCAUUCAAUUAAAUUAAUGUUCGAUUUAUAAACUUUACUUUGUCUUGUAUAAAAAGAGCAUGCAUUUCCCUUUAAUUCUGAUAACCAACCAAAAUGUUAUUGAAGCAAAAAUGAAGAAUUCCAUCGGAACGUGGAAAAUAAUACAGAGAAAGAGUUAAAGCUGAAAUCAUGUUUUGUAAUUUUUAGAUCAAUUAAUUGUUCAUUUUCAUGUAUUGUUUAUUUUAUACCCUUGAAACCCUAAAAGAAUAUUUUUUUACAUAAUAAAUAGAAUUUUUUUGACAUUUAGGGUUAAAUUCUUUUAACCUUUAGUUAUUCGAUGUUUUUGAUAAUAAUAAUAAUAAUAAUCAUCUUUAUUAUCCAUAAGGAAAUUUGUCUUACAAUUUGUGCAUUACACCAAACAAAGAAUCUGACACCCCCUUGGUCCACUGCACAUGUGUAUGUUUGUGUUUAAAGCAUUUUGUUUUUCAUUCAAAUCCUGAAAUGUUGUUUUUUUCAAGCUUUCAUACUUUUAAAGAUUCCGAGUUUUUAAAUGACCAGCUUGUACCCAUAUUUUUUUAAGUCAUUUUUUUCUUCGUUUAUCUUCAUAAAAAUCCAAACCUAGAUCUUGAUCACAUUUGAUCUGCCAUCAGUCUGAUAGUAGAGGUCAGGAACUUUCUCAUUCAGAUUAAACAUCUUCUUAAUUCAUUAUUAACAUAACACAUCAUUGUGGUGGCCAUGCAGUAUUUCAGUGAACAAUGGAAACCUUUUUUUUAACGCUUAUUUUACAGAUCUUUCAUUUUAACAUUUGACAAGGGAAGUAACUUCUUGUGUCUGUCACCUUUUUUUUUCACCAUAUAAUGUAUGCAUUGUGAAUAUAUGUUUACUUGUUUUAGAGUAAAAAUCAUGCCAUUAUAAGAAUUGAACAGAAUUAGUCAAAUACAUUUUAAUUCAGCAUUGGUUAACAUCACAACACAAGAAAAACUGAAUCAUUGAAAUCAAAGUUUAACACAAUGGUUAAUUUUGUAAAGGGGGAUAAGGAAAUUGAGUGGGAAAUAUAUACAUUUUGACAUAUAAGAAUGUUAUUAAACUAGGAAUUUAAUUAAAAAUUUUUUUUCUGUCAUCAAAAGAUGUUUAUUUGUGGCGAUUAUGUAAGAGCUUAACUCCUUAAACCCUAAGUAACCUGCCUUCAAGGUUCUUUGCCUGAGCUCCUACGGAUUCUCAGCCUCAGGUAAGGUGCGUGAGACCAAUAUAUCGGGAUGACGGUGCAUGGCUUUUUUUGCAUACUGACCUAAAAUUGGGCAGAUGAGUUCAAAAGGUUGUCGUCAGUUGGUUUCUCUAAUUUUAGAACAUUUUUGAUAGAUGUAGGACUAAAAAAAACUAUUUUGCGAUACUGAGAAAAAUUUGUUUCUAAAUAAUGAAACAAUAAUAAAAACAUGAAAUGUGGUUUAAAUAAAAAAUCCACAGAUUAAUGUUUUCCUCAAAUUUCAUCCCAUAGUCGUUAUGGGAACAAAAUGUCCUCAUUCUUACCAUGUGUUCUAAUUUUGAUUUUUGCGGCAGUACAGAUACAAUCACUUACAUUCACCUCUCACUGUGUUAAGUUACAAAUAAUGACAGAUCUCAGCAACAAAUGGAAAACAUAUCUUAUUUAUCAAAAUUUUUUUUUUUGCUGUAUAGUAUUUAUAGUCUAGUUGGUUCAUGGAGACUUGUAUUUAUAGAGACCACAUUCCUUGCUCUGUUUUCCUCAAUGUUCUUAUCUUACCAAAGUCAUCAUUAAAGCUUGUGUAUUCAGAUGAAAGCAUUCCAUUUUUAUGUCAUACACAGAUUUCCAAAUAUAUGUUCUAAAUAUAUACAGUUUUUUUUUUAUAUGUGAAUGAAUUUUACAAGUGUUUUUAUUUGAGUUCUUGAAAAGUUUUGUUUUUAUAGAAUAGUUCAUUAUAAUCAGAGCGUAGAUGUUUUAAAUCAGAUACUUUUUAUAAUACUGUCAUUAGAACUUAUGUGCUUUAAUUGAAAUGCUUAACUAUUGUAAUACUUAUUUAGAUAAUAGAUAAUGUUUUAAUUAAAAAAGAAAUUAAAAAUGUAAGAAUCGUAUUUAAUGUUCAGCAAUAUGUUUACAUCAUUAUAUUGAGAGACUGUUUCAUUUCAGCAAUAUGUUUACAUCCUUAUAUUGAGAGACUGUUUCAUUUUAACAAUAUGUUUACAUCCUUAUAUUGAGAGACUGUUUCAUUUCAACAAUAUGUUUACAUCCUUAUAUUGAGAGACUGUUUCAUUUCAACAAUAUGUUUACAUCCUUAUAUUGAGAGACUGUUUCAUUUCAACAAUAUGUUUACAUCCUUAUAUUGAGAGACUGUUUCAUUUCAACAAUAUGUUUACAUCCUUAUAUUGAGAGACUGUUUCAUUUCAGCAAUAUGUUUACAUCAUUAUAUUGAGAGACUGUUUCAUUUCAACAAUAUGUUUACAUCCUUAUAUUGAGAGACUGUUUUAUUUCAGCAAUAUGUUUACAUCAUUAUAUUGAGAUACUGUUUCAUUUCAACAAUAUGUUUACAUCAUUAUAUUGAGAGACUGUUUCAUUUCAACAAUAUGUUUACAUCCUUAUAUUGAGAGACUGUUUCAUUUCAACAAUAUGUUUACAUCAUUAUAUUGAGAGACUGUCUCAUUUCAACAAUAUGUUUACAUCAUUAUAUUGAGAGACUGUUUCAUUUCAACAAUAUGUUUACAUCCUUAUAUUGAGAGACUGUUUCAUUUCAACAAUAUGUUUACAUCAUUAUAUUGAGAUACUGUUUCAUUUCAACAAUAUGUUUACAUCAUUAUAUUGAGAGACUGUUUCAUUUCAACAAUAUGUUUACAUCAUUAUAUUGAGAGAAUGUUUCAUUUCAACAAUAUGUUUACAUCAUUAUAUUGAGAGACUUUCAUUGCAACAAUAUGUUUACAUCCUUAUAUUGAGAGACUGUUUCAUUCCAACAGUAUGUUUACAUACUUAUAUUAAGAGAAUGUUUCAUUUCAGCAAUAUGUUUACAUCAUUAUAUUGAGAGACUGUUUCAUUUCUCAUUAGCAAGAAGUAAAUAAGACAAUCUUCUAGUAUAUUUAUUUAAGAUGAUCUCAUGUGCUAGUGAAAUAGGAACAUCUUAAGACAUCAUAAUGCUCUCUUGAAGUUCAAUUUUUUUCAUAAACUUUUGCUGAAAUGUAAGAUGUUCCUUUAUAUGUGAAUUGUGAACCAACUAUUUUGCUUUUCUGUACAGUUUGAGAAUCAGAGAUUUUUUGAAAUGGACAAACACUUUGUUUCCUGCGAAUAGGACUUGAGAAUUAUUCUUUUCUGGUUAAUAUUUUGAUUCAUAUUUUGUUUGGAACAAUGAAUAAUUUAUGCAAAGUUUCAACUUGAUACUAGAAUGGGUAGUGAGAGGAAUAACCUGUUCCACAAUUGUACAGACUAGAGUUGAAAGAAGCUACUCAUUGGUUGUUUUUAUCCUCGAAACUUACAUUACAUGGACCGAAGGUUUGGAACUUGUUUGCCAUUGAGCUCACACAAACCACUAGCCUGGCUAACUUCAAGAGGAACAUUGAAACCACAUGUUCACAUUUUUAGACUAGUUUGCCCUAUAACUCAUUUUUUAUUUGUUUUGUUUUUUUCUCAUAGUGAUGAGUCUCCAAUUUUUUAGUGUGCUAUAUAUAUUCAAUGACUUGAUCAGUCACUCCAGAUUCUGCCCCGUCUCAAUUUGCCUGCUGGAAGGGUGAGAAUAGUUGUACUUUAUUUUAGGUAAACCAUGAAGCGAUGUCCAGAUUAGGCAGCUCUCCAGAUGGUUUUUUUCUAUAGGAAGGUUUUGGGGCCAGAGUCUUGUUCAGACUAUUAAUACUAAGUGCUGAAAGAAACAUUUUACUAAUACAAACAAUGGGCAAAUAUUUUGUUGAUGGACUUUUCUCUUAUUUGGUGUCUUUUGUGUGUCACCUUUUGAUUUUUGUAUUUCUUUUUUGUAAAGAUUUAUCGUUAAAGAGUUUCUUUUAAUUUAUGGAAGAAAGAAGACUCCUGAUGGUUAAGAUGUUUUUUUAUUCCUUUCUUAUAUUUUAAAAAUGUCUUUCCAAGUUUGAUGUUUUUAAGCCACAGCUAAAAAUGUUUUUAAGCCACAACUUAAAAUGUUUUCAUUUGCAAUGUAUAUAUACUUUGAAUUAAAUCUGUUUCAAUCUAUAAUUAUAUUUCUUUCAUAUUU